GAAGCUGAAGAAUGAACUCUUGGAAGCAAAACGCAGAAGUGGGAAGACUCAACAAGAGACCAGCAGGGUCUGUGCCCACUGUCAGAGAAACCUGGGUUUGAUAUUCGACCGGGGAGACCCGUGCCAGGCCUGCUCCCUCAGAGUGUGCAGCCAGUGCCGGGUCUCAGGCCCUGAUGGCAGCUGGCGCUGCACCAUCUGUGCAAGAGUCGCGCAGCUAAGGAUUGUAACUGGUGAGUGGUUUUUUGAAGAAAAGGCAAAGCGUUUCAAGCACGUCAAUGUUCUGGGCACUGAUGUUGUCCGACAGUCCAUCUUAAGAAGAAGUCCAGGAGAUGGAGAAAUACAAAGCCAAGAACAAACCCGCCAGAACACAGAAAAGUCAGAUCCUUUGCCUUCUGCUGGGCAGAAGGCCAGCCACGAUGGACCCAGGAGAAAGGGAUUUCUUCUUAGCAAGUUCAGAUCAGCAACCAGAGGAGAAAUCAUCACUCCCAAAACUGAAAGUGGGCGGAGCUACAGCUUGGACUUAGACAGCCACAAUUUUCGGAGUUUAAAAUCAGCCCCUGGUUCCGACAGGGGAAGCACUGGUUCAUCAGAUUUCAAUGAGCCAGAAGCUGGUCCUGGAACUCCAAAGAGUGUCCGGAGCAGUGGUGUGACCCCAGGCACUCCGAGGUCACCGGCCCCCAGCACCCGCAGUGUGACCUCAGUCAGCAGUCAAGAACGUGGUUUUGAAAAUUCCACCGAUUUGGCUGUCAUUGAAAGCACCUCUGAGGACCUCACAAGGACUCAUCGCCGAAAACCUUCCAGCACACCAUCCAUAGCAGUGUCCCGGGCCUCCCUCUCCUCAGACCGGAGUCGAUCUGAGUUAGAUUUGAGCGGGUCAUUUACAGAAGACUUAGAGGAUACUGUAAGCAUAAGGAGCAAAUCUGUCCCUGGGGCUUUAGACAAAGACUUGGAUUCCUUGGAAGAGAUGGAAGAUGGCAUUGAUGACUUAGUGUCCUCCCAGUUUUCUUCAAAUACCCACAGUCUAGCGAGUGGCCUGUCAACAAAUUCUCAAGCAGGCUCUGACAGGAAAUGGACCUACCUAAGUGUGCCUGAUGCUGACUCAGACACUACCAGCCUGAACAGCAUGAUGAGUGUUUACAGUGAGACAGGAGACUAUGGCAACGUGAAGGUCAGCGGGGAAAUCCUUUUGCACAUCAGCUACAGCUACGAAACUGGCGGGCUCUACAUUUUUGUCAAGAACUGCAGAAAUCUGGCCAUAGGAGAUGAAAAGAAACAGAGGACAGAUGCUUAUGUCAAGUCAUACCUUCUUCCUGAUAAGUCCAGAAAUAACAAGCGCAAGACCAAAAUAAGAACAGGCACCAAUCCAGAAUUCAAUGAAACCCUAAAGUACACCAUCAGCCAUGCCCAGCUGGAAACGAGAACUCUGCAGCUCUCAGUCUGGCAUUAUGAUCGAUUUGGACGGAAUAGCUUCCUGGGGGAGGUGGAGAUUCCUUUUGACUCAUGGAACUUUGACAAUCCAAGUGAUGAGUGGUUUGUGCUUCAACCCAAGGUGGAAUGUGCUGCUGAUAUUAGCCUUCAGUACAAAGGAGAGCUGACAGUCAUGUUACGUUACAUACCACCAGAGGAGAAGCUGAUGCCUCCACUAGAACAGCUUCAAGGAAAGAAGUCCUUUAAACGAGGAAAAAAGAAGGAUCCAUGUAUCAUCUCUGGAGGAAUCCUAGAAGUGUUCAUCAAAGAGGCAAAGAAUUUGACCGCGGUGAAAUCAGGAGGCACUUCUGAUAGCUUUGUGAAGGGCUACCUGCUUCCUGAUGAUAGCAAAGCAACCAAGCAUAAAACUCUGGUAAUAAAAAAGAGUCUGAACCCUCAGUGGAAUCAUACUUUCAUCUUCAGUGGCCUGCAUCCCCAGGAUAUAAAACAUGUUUGCCUAGAACUUACCAUCUGGGACAAGGAGGCCUUUUCCAGCAACAUCUUUCUGGGAGGAGUUCGUUUGAAUUCCGGAAGCGGUGUGAGCCAUGGGAAGAACGUGGAUUGGAUGGACUCUCAAGGGGAAGAGCAGCGCCUCUGGCAGAAGAUGGCGGACAAUCCCGGAACUCCUGUAGAGGGCGUACUCAUGCUCCGUGCCAGCAUGGGGAAGAGUAAGCUCUGA